GAUCUAGAGUACUCUAGCGAAAACAUGCAAGCAACCAAACCGUAGAGAAGUGUAGUAGGCAAGGCUGGUCGCUAAUGCGUGCACCUGGACAGUCGUAAUCGGACUGUGCGUGAACGAACUAAAAAGGCGCAACAAACUGUUGGAGUCGCUAGUCAGUACAAAACUGAAGCGGCCUUUGCCCUUUUGUGACUGUCAGCACAAGCAACAAGUCCAAACUGUUGAGCACACGAUCCAUCCAAGUCGACAUCCUACUGCUGAUCGAUCGCGAGCUUGUCAGGUUCUUCCCAUCCAACGUGCACAGCUCCUAUCACGGCAAAGCAAAGCACCAGCAGCGUACGAGGACAAGGCCUGAAUUUGUUCCCAGCAAUGCACACCACGGCAACAGCAUUCACUGCCAAGAGAGUGAGCGAGCGAGCAGAGGCAGCGCAGCAAUGGCGGCGGCAAUAGUACUCUCCGGCCAGGUGCGGCCGCUUCCCUCGUCGCUGCCCCUGUCCCUGCUGCUGCUCCUCCUCCUGUGCUGCUCCGGCACCUCGUGGGGAUGGAGCACGUCCCGGGGAGGAGCCGCCAGGGAGUGCGGCUUCGAUGGCAAGCUGGAGGCCCUGGAGCCGCGCCACAAGGUGCAGUCUGAGGCCGGCUCCGUCCAGUACUUCAGCCGGUUCAACGAAGCCGACCGGGAGCUCACCUGCGCCGGCAUCUUCGCCGUCCGCGUCGUCGUCGACGCCAUGGGCCUCCUGCUCCCUCGAUACUCCAACGUCCAUUCGCUUGUCUACAUCGUCCAAGGGAGAGGGAUCAUUGGGUUCUCGUUUCCGGGAUGCCAAGAGGAGACCCAGCAGCAGCAGUAUGGAUACGGAUAUGGAUAUGGACACCAUCACCAUCAGCAUGACCACCACAAGAUCCACCGAUUCGAGCAGGGCGACGUGGUGGCCAUGCCGGCCGGCGCCCAGCACUGGCUGUACAACGACGGCGACGCGCCGCUUGUGGCGGUCUACGUCUUCGACGAGAACAACAACAUCAACCAGCUCGAGCCUUCCAUGAGGAAAUUCUUGCUGGCUGGGGGCUUCAGCAAGGGGCAGCCCCACUUCGCCGAGAACAUCUUCAAAGGGAUCGACGCCCGGUUCCUGAGCGAAGCCCUGGGCGUCAGCAUGCACGUCGCCGAGAAGCUGCAGAGCCGGCGUGACCAGCGAGGCGAGAUCGUCCGCGUGGAGCCGGAGCACGGCUUUCACCAGCUGAAUCCGUCGCCGUCGUCGUCGUCGUUUUCGUUCCCAUCGUCACAAGUCCAGUACCAAACGUGCCAGCGCGACGUCGACAGGCACAACGUCUGCGCCAUGGAGGUGAGGCACAGCGUCGAACGGCUGGACCAGGCCGACGUCUACAGCCCUGGGGCUGGGAGGAUCACACGCCUCACCAGCCACAAGUUCCCCGUCCUCAACCUCGUACAGAUGAGCGCGGUGCGGGUAGACCUGUACCAGGACGCCAUCAUGUCGCCGUUCUGGAACUUCAACGCCCACAGCGCCAUGUACGGCAUCAGGGGCAGUGCAAGGGUCCAGGUCGCCAGCGACAACGGGACCACGGUGUUCGACGACGUGCUCCGUGCGGGGCAGCUGCUCAUCGUACCCCAGGGCUACCUCGUCGCCACCAAGGCGCAGGGAGAAGGCUUCCAGUACAUCGCCUUCGAGACGAACCCUGACACCAUGGUCAGCCACGUCGCCGGGAAGAACUCCGUCCUGAGCGACUUGCCGGCCGCCGUCAUCGCCAGCUCGUAUGCCAUCUCCAUGGAGGAAGCUGCAGAGCUCAAGAACGGUAGGAAGCAUGAGCUGGCUGUGCUUACUCCUGCUGGCAGUGGCAGCUACCAACAAGGUCAAGCUGGCAGCGCCCAACAGUAGGCACAACCUCAGAGUGAUCUGCCUGAAUAAGUACUCGUAGACUGUAAUAAUUAAACAAAGCUUGCUCAUGGUUAAACUGCGUGUUGAUUAGUCUUUCAACUACAUAGCUCUAAAGUUUUUGAUACACCGAGUGAUUUGCCAGGAAAAAAAUGAGCAGAUUGUUGUAAGCAAAACAUGUUUGUUAUGGCUAAACUGCAUGUCUACCUGGAUUUGUAUUUUUUUUCAA